AUGCCGAGUCUGAAACGGUGUCGAGUCGGUGACUCGGUUGGUGAGGACGACGAAAAUUCGGGGAAUCCGAAGAAAAGGAAGGUAAAGAACGGCUAUUAUCCUCUGCAUCUCCUCGGAGAGGUCGCCGCCGGUAUAAUUCCUUUCAAUGGUUAUGGACUCAGUCGCUUAUUAGCCGCUGGUGGUGACGGUCGCUUGGCGGCGGCGAGGUGGUGUACAGAGGAUGAGGUAGAAUCUACAUCGAAUGCGGAUGAGGGGAUGAAAGAGAGCUGCGAUCGGGUGCAGGAGACUUCACGGCCGCCUCUGGUGAGGACGUCGCGGGGGCGUGUUCAGGUACUCCCUUCUCGAUUCAAUGACUCAAUUCUUGAUAACUGGAAGAAAGAGAAGAGUAAACCUAAUGCAAAAGGAUCCAAUUUGGACCCUGAAUUCACACCUUAUGAAGAAAAAUUCAGCUUCAAAAACCCCAAAAUACGCAGACAAAUUGGAAAUACAAAGCUUAAUCACGACAAAUUUGGCUAUCAAUGCCGGAAAUUUCACCCAUUGUUAGAGCAAGAUAGAGAGGAGUUCGAGUGUCAGGGAUUGAAAAGUUUUGACGUUAGAAAGUAUUCUACAUCACGGAGUUCAUUAACAUCACUGCAUGAGCAUUUGGCUGACAAUGAGAGGUUUCCAAAUGAGGAAGUAGAGGAAGCUAUUGAUUUGAGCCGCAUUAAUGGAUUGUUGGAGGAGGAGAAGGAAGGGAGAAAAAAUGGGGUAUAUGGGCCGGAGGAUUUUGUUUCAGGUGAUAUUGUUUGGGCUAUACCAGGGAAGCACUGCCCAGCUUGGCCGGCCAUUGUCCUUGAUCCGGAAACACAAGCGCCCCAGCAAGUUCUGAGUUUUAGGGUUGCUGGUGCUGUUUGCGUGAUGUUUUUUGGUUACUCUGGGAAUGGAACACAGAGGGAUUAUGCAUGGAUUAAACGCGGGAAGAUAUUUCCAUUUGUAGAUCACGUAGACAGGUUUCAGGGGCAGAUUAACUUGAAUGAUAGCAAGCCCAGCGAUCUUCGAUCUGCCAUAGAGGAGGCAUUCCUUGCAGAAAAGGGCUUUAAUGAAAUGUUGAUGGUCGAAAUCAAUGCCGCAGCUGGGAAUCUAGAUUAUCUUGCAUCUCUUCCUAGAGGGGUACUAGAGGCUACUGAUUCGAAUCAGGAUCAGGAAUGCAACUCCCAGAACCAGGAAGAAUUUAAAAAGAAAGACGCACGGCUCUGUGAAGGCUGUGGUUUGAGUAUCUUGCCUAAAAUUCCCAGGGAAAUGAAUGGUUCAACUUCUAGCAGCAAUCUUUUAUGUAAUUCUUGUGCUCGGUUAAAAAAACUAAAACAUUAUUGUGGCAUAUGCAAGAAAAUUCGAAAUCAAUCAAACAGCGGAAGUUGGGUACGUUGUGAUGGUUGUAAAGUUUGGGUGCAUGCUGAAUGUGAUAAAAUUUCCAGCCAUACCUUCAAGGAUCUGGGGACAACUGAUUAUUAUUGUCCCGAAUGCAAAGCAAAGUUUAACUUUGAAUUGUCAGAUUCAGAAAAUUGGCAGCCUAAAGUCAAAAAUAACAAAAAGAAUGGCCAAUUGAUGCUGCCUGACAAGGUUAUUGUUGUCUGCUCUGGAGUGGAAGGCAUAUAUAUUCCAAGCCUUCAUUUAGUUGUGUGCAAGUGUGGGUCUUGUGGGACAGAGAAGCAGGCACUUAGCGAAUGGGAGCGACAUACAGGUUCCAAAGCGAAAAAUUGGAAAGCUAGUGUCAGAGUGAAAGGUUCCUUGUUACCACUGGAACAAUGGAUGCUGCAGCUGGCAGACUAUCAUGCACGUAGCCUUGUUUCUGUUAAUUCUCUUAAACGCCCUUCUUUAAAAGCACGAAAACAGAAGUUGCUUACUUUUUUACAAGAGAAAUAUGAGCCUGUUAAUUCCAAGUGGACAACAGAGCGGUGUGCUGUCUGUCGAUGGGUUGAAGAUUGGGACUAUAACAAGAUUAUCAUAUGCAAUAGUCUAGACGUACAACAGCUCAACACAGGCAAGGGAAUUGAUCUCCUUGGCUCAGCAACCCGAAGUCUCGAACUUAACCAAGGCAAUCAGUUUCUCCCUUCUCCUUCCUUUCAUUGUGGGCUUUUUCCGCCGACCGGCAUUAACUUGUCACUGGACAUUGAGGAUUGGUGGAGAGGGGUGGAAGAAUUUAAAAAGAAAGACGCACGGCUCUGUGAAGGCUGUGGUUUGAGUAUCUUGCCUAAAAUUCCCAGGGAAAUGAAUGGUUCAACUUCUAGCAGCAAUCUUUUAUGUAAUUCUUGUGCUCGGGUUCGAGGUGCUCUGAAGCCUACUGACGUGGAGCCUCUGUGGGUUCAUGUUACUUGCGCAUGGUUUCAACCUGAAGUUUCGUUCGCAAGUGAUGAAAAGAUGGAACCAGCUCUUGGAAUCUUGAGAAUCCCAUCAAACUCUUUUGUAAAGAUCUGUGUUAUCUGUAAGCAAAUCCAUGGUUCAUGCACACAGUGUUGCAAGUGUUCCACUUAUUACCACGCAAUGUGUGCAUCAAGGGCAGGGUAUCGCAUGGAGUUGCAUAGCUUGGAGAAAAAUGGGAGACAGAUUACAAAGAUGGUUUCAUAUUGCGCAUAUCACAGGGCUCCUAAUCCAGACACUGUUCUAAUCAUACAGACUCCUUUGGGAGUUUUCUCCACUAAAAGCUUAAUCCAAAACAAAACGCGUACUGGUUCGAGGCUAAUUUCAUCCAAUAGAUUGAAGCUUCAUGAAGCUCCAACAAUAGAAACAAAUAGGGUCGAACCAUUUUCUGCUGCAAGGUGCAAGACCUUUAGAAGAUUGAAUGAUAAGAGGACAGGUGAAGUGGCCAUUGCCCACCACGUGAUGGGACCUCGCCAUCAUUCUUUGAGGGCAAUUCAAAGCUUGAACACUGUCAGAGAGAUAGAGGAGCCGAAAACUUUUUAUACUUUCAGGGACCGGCUUCACCAUUUACAGAGAACAGAAAAUGACAGGGUUUGCUUUGGUAGAUCUGGAAUACAUGGAUGGGGACUGUUUGCCCGUCGAAACAUCUUUGAAGGAGAAAUGGUUCUUGAAUACCGUGGUGAACAGGUGAGACGCAGUAUUGCAGAUCUGAGGGAGGCACGCUAUCGUAUGGAAGGCAAAGACUGCUAUGUAAGUUGA